ACUAACGAAGUAAUAAAAACAACAGCAACAUCCUUCUUCCUCGGCCUGAUCUUCUCCCUCUUCCCCUACGACUACCCGAUCCUAUGGUCCACGACCCCGACCCCAGCCACCCACUUCGACUACUUCGAAUCCCACCUGCGAUUCCUGCACGCCUCGCCGCCCCUAAUCCCGCGGAUUCUCCACAUCGUGAUAUUCCUCGGCCUCUUGGGACUUAUCAUGAAGCUGUACAAACCCUCGGAAUCGAAUAUGUUGUUCGAUGGCGCCAGUCUCGUGCUGUAUAUGUGUGGAAUUACGGUCUAUAUUGCGAAUAUUGUGAAGGGGUUGAGGUUGGUUAGUGGUGGGGUUUAUGGGGAUGAGUUGGUCAAAGGUGGGGAGGAGGAGGUCGAGCAAGGGCAGAUUCUGGGUAGGGAGGAUAGUUUGAAGGUGUUGGCGGCGAGUAAUACUAUCUUGGCGCUGGUGUUGGCCGGGCAGUGGUAUGCGGAGAGGAAGGAGGCGCAGGAGGUGGAGAGUUUUGCUUCUUCGAGUUCGAAGGGGAAGAAGGAGGAGGGGAGUGAGGGGGGGAAGAAGAAGAAGAAUUGA